AUGGGUUCCUUCAAUCCUUUCCCUCAAUCCCCUCCAGUGUCGCCUCCCAAUGGCUACCAAGGCGUCGAAGGCUUCUCGACGCCUCUGUUUCCGGCCAAGCCGAAUAUCCUCUUCAUCAUGGCCGACCAGCUUGCUGCUCCGUUGUUGAAGAUGCACAAUCCAAAGUCCCAGAUCAAGACGCCGAAUCUCGACAAGUUGGCGGAACGCUCGGUGGUUUUUGACUCGGCGUAUUGCAAUUCCCCGCUGUGUGCGCCGUCUCGCAUGUGUUUGAUCAGCGGUCAACUUCCUUCUAAGAUUGGUUCGUACGACAAUGCCUGCUCCAUUCCGUCUGAGACGCCGACCUACGCACACUAUCUGCGAGCUGCUGGCUACGAGACCACUUUGGCCGGCAAGAUGCAUUUCAUCGGAGAUCAGCUCCAUGGCUACGAAAACCGUUUGACUGCCGACAUCUACCCUGGUGAUUUCGGCUGGGCGGUGAAUUGGGAUGACCCAGGCCGAAGACUCGAGUGGUACCACAAUAGCAGCUCCAUCUUGCAAGCUGGGCCGUGUGUGAGGACCAAUCAGCUGGACUACGAUGAGGAGGUCCUGUAUAAGUCGAAACAAUAUCUUUACGAUUAUGCCAGGUCCCCUCCCGGGAAACGACCAUUCGCCCUGACAGUUUCCUUCACCCAUCCUCAUGAUCCAUACGCUAUCGAGGAAAAGUAUUGGGAUUUGUAUGAAGGUGUCGACAUCGAUUUGCCCAAUGUGUCCAUCUCUGAGGAAGACCAAGAUCCACACAGUCGACGCUUGAUGCAUGUCUGCGAGAUUGAGGGCCACAAAUUCACAGACGAGCAGAUCAAGCGGGCUCGCCGGGCAUAUUAUGGUGCUGUGAGCUACGUUGAUGACUGUAUUGGCCAACUGCUUGACGUUUUGACCAAGUGCGGCAUGGAGGACAACACCAUUAUCAUGUUUUCCGGUGACCACGGAGACAUGCUGGGCGAAAGAAGCCUCUGGUACAAGAUGUCGUACUUCGAGAAUUCCGUCCGGGUACCUAUGUUGAUCAGCCAUCCGAAGCAGUUCCGUCCUCACCGCGUGUCACAAAAUGUCUCGACUCUGGAUCUCAUGCCAACCCUCGUGGACUUGAUUGGAUCCAAGCUGGUUCCCGGAUUGCCCAUGGAUGGUCUGUCCCUGUUGCCUCACCUCUACGGUGGUGACGGUGGCCAUGAUACGGUCUUCGCCGAGUAUAUGGGCGAGGGAACUGUAGCACCCCUGAUGAUGAUCCGAAGAGGCGCCUGGAAGUACAUCACAUGUCCAGUUGAUCCACCUCAGCUAUACAACCUCCGAAACGACCCGCUGGAAGUGACCAACCUUGCCACUAGUCAAGACCCAGGAACGCAGGCUGUCUUCAAGGCUUUCGAAGCAGAAGCCAGUAAAAAAUGGGAUUUCAAGAAGAUCACCGAGGACGUCCUCAGGUGUCAGCGCCAACGUCGACUAGUUUGGUCCGCCUUGACUCAAGGUCGCUUUGAAAGCUGGGAUUGGAAUCCCAUCGACGAUGGCCGCGUCAAGUACAUCCGUUCUCAAACCCCCUUGGAUGAGCUCGAGCGGCGAGCUCGAUAUCCCAUGCACUCAAACGUACCCGCCCAAAUUUCCGUCAACAACAAGGCUGAAGUAGUCUGCCUCCAACCGAAGAGGCUGACCGAAAUCGCCAGCGAAGCUGUCCACUAUCGCUGA